AUGUCCAUCCUCUCUCUGGUCGAAGAUCGCCCGACGCCCGCCUGCGUCUACAACUGGCGCAUAUACUUGCUCGCUGGCGUUGCGUCGUUAACAUCAUGUAUGAUCGGAUACGACAGUGCUUUUAUCGGCACGACACUGUCGCUGCCCUCGUUCAGGUCCGAGUUCAACUUUGACUCGAUGAGCUCGUCUAAGCAGGACCUAGUGUCUGCCAACAUCGUCUCGUGCUACCAGGCCGGUGCCUUCUUUGGCGCUCUUUUUGCCUACGGAAUUUCCCCCUUUUGGGGCCGCAGAAUUGGCUUGUUGAUUGCCUCGCUAGUCUUCACUCUCGGUGCCGGUUUGAUGCUUGGUGCAAACGGUGAGCGUGGUCUGGGACUUAUCUAUGCUGGUCGAGUGCUAGCCGGCCUUGGUGUUGGUGCUGGCUCUAACUUUACCCCGAUCUACAUUGCCGAGCUCUCUCCGCCGGCGAUUCGAGGUCGGCUUAUUGGAGUCUAUGAACUGGGAUGGCAGAUUGGUGGCCUGGUUGGGUUUUGGAUCAACUAUGGCGUGCAAACCACGCUUCCCGAAAACCACAAGCAGUGGAUUAUCCCCUUUGCCAUCCAGCUAAUCCCGUCGGGCCUUUUGAUUAUCGGUGCACUCCUGAUUCGUGAAUCGCCACGGUACCUGAUGAUCCACGGCAAACGCGAGCAAGGCAUCAAGAAUCUGUGCUGGAUCAGACAGCUUCCGGCGGAUCACAUCUACAUGAUUGAAGAAAUCGGUGCCAUUGAUCAGGCAACAGAAGAACUCGCGUCCACGGUUGGCAUUGGCUUCUGGAAACCCAUAAAGGCCGCCUUUACCACCAGGAAAUACCAGAUUCGGUUGUUCAUCGGUGCGAUGUUGUUUGUGUGGCAGAAUGGAUCGGGCAUCAACGCGAUCAACUACUACAGCCCGACUGUCUUCAAGAGUAUUGGCGUCACGGGCACUAAUUCUGCUUUGUUGACGACAGGUCUGUUUGGCUGUGUCAAGACGGCCGUCACGAUUGUGUGGAUCUUGUACCUGAUCGACCACGUCGGUCGACGCAAUCUGCUCAUCUACGGUGCUUUGGGUGGCUCCGUGUGCAUGUGGAUUAUCGGGGCAUAUAUCAAGAUUGCCCAGCCUACCAAGAAUCCGACCAGCCAUCUCAAUGGAGGAGGCAUUGCGGCGAUCUUUUUCUUCUACCUGUGGACAACAUUCUACACUCCGACGUGGAACGGAACGCCCUGGGUUCUAAACUCGGAAAUGUUCGACCAAAACAUGCGUUCCUUCGCGCAAGCCUGCGCAGCCGCAUCCAACUGGCUGUGGAAUUUCCUCAUCUCGCGCUUCACGCCGCAAAUGUUUGACACGAUGGACUACGGGGUGUAUUUCUUCUUUGCGUCGCUGAUGCUGCUGUCCAUUGUCUUUGUGUUUUUCCUUGUGCCGGAAACAAAGGGGAUUCCACUUGAGAAUAUGGAUAUGCUGUUUGAGUUGAAACCGUUCAAGGCUCAUUCAACGGUGCUCAAACGUCUUCGUGAAGAUGAGGAGCAGUUCCGUGAGGCAGCUAAGGGGGUUCAGGUGGAGAAGUCUUCGCCGUCGGUGCACGUCGAAGACGCCGAGGUGGGCCAGGCUGUUUACUUGUAG